CAGGCAUUGACAGGUAAAGGUUUAUUAUCAUGAAGUGCUCGAGCUUGGAGAAGUAUAAUUCAGAUAAAGUGACCGGAGAUGAAUCUCCAGGUGGAUUAUGACUCUACUGAAGGUGACAUUUCCAAUGGCAACCUGAGUGUCGACAAGUAUGGAUUUGAGCAUUCUGAAGAUUUUAACCCUGAAUCCUAUGAGAUAAUUAUGUCUGAGUAUUUACCUGUGCUCACCAGAAGAUCAGAAAAGUGGUCACAGCUUUUAAAAGAGAACACUAAAGUGCAAAAGAAUCUGAAAGUAAAGAGGUAUGUGAGGAAAGGUAUCCCAAACAAACACCGUACUAUGAUCUGGAUGGCUUCCAGUGGCGCACAGGAGCAUCUGCAGAUGAACCCUGGUUAUUACCACUCUCUUUUGAAAAUUCAACAUGACCCUAUGCUGGAGGAGUCAAUACGCACUGACUUACACAGAACUUUCCCAGACAACAUUCAGUUCCAUGACUCCUCCCAGCCUUGUUUACUGACGGCUCUGUUUAAUGUUCUUUUGGCAUACGGACACCACAACAAGGAUGUAGGAUACUGUCAGGGAAUGAACUUCAUUGCAGGAUACCUCCUUAUUAUAACUAAAGAUGAGGAAAAGUCUUUCUGGUUAAUGGAUGCUUUGCUGGGAAAAAUCUUACCUGAUUACUACACACCCACAAUGCUGGGCUUAAAGACAGACCAGGAUGUUCUUGGGGAGCUGGUGAAGGCUAAAGUGCCUGCAGUGUGGCAAGCCAUGACUCAGCACAAUGUGAUGUGGGGUCUGGUGGUGUCAAGGUGGUUUAUUUGCCUUUACAUUGACGUCCUUCCCAUGGAGACAGUGCUACGAAUAUGGGAUUGCCUGUUCUAUGAGGGCUCCAAGAUCCUCUUCCGUGUGGCCCUCACUUUGAUUCGUCAUCAUCAGAAACUUAUUUUAGAGGGGCAAAAUUUUCCAGACAUUUGUGAGUGUUUCAAACGGAUCACACAUGGGGAGUUUGUAGAGAACUGCCAUGCAUUCAUGCAGAAUAUCUUUAAGGAGCCUGGAAGUCUUUCUACAGCAACAGUAACUAAACUCAGAGAAAUAUGUCGAGAACGCAUACAAGCUCAGGAUUCUGGAUGAUAGUGAUGAUAAGACUAUUUCACAUUCACUCCUCAGUGUGAAUGCGGACAGCGUUCAGGACCGAAUGCAACAUGAGAAGGUCUUUUUUUUUUUUCUUUCCUUUGCUUUAAACUCGUAUAGUUGUUUAGAAUGUACUUCUCACUAUGAAGAAUGAUUACCGCUGUGAUUUUAUGUCCUUAUAUCCCAGUCACUUGAUAAGUACUUGCAUUUUGUCACGUUUUGUAGCAUUAUAACCUGUGAAAUUGGUCUCAUAAUUAAGGACAUUAACUAGCCACAAUUAGCGCUUUUAUUAUUUGUGAUUGUUUAAGAUCUUUCUCUUAUUUUAAAAAGUUUGUUUAUGGUGAAACCGAUUGCAAUCAUAUAAUUAGUUGAAAACUGUUGGCCCUUGUGCAGUUUCGCAUGGAUGCAAUAUAAAUAUACCUUUUCUUAGA